GGGACAGGCGCGUGACGGCGUUUUCGUGUUGCUUCCGACACGAGCGAGCCACCUUAUCAUCCUUAUGUCAGGCGUCAAGUGGUAGGCACGGCGCUAGCACGGCGCUGCCAUAUCCAUCCACGUAUGUAUCCUUUCUGCGUGUGUGUGUGCGUGUGUGCGUGUGCGUGCGCCAAGGUCCUUGCCGUGGAUCCAGUCUUUCGACAACUUCAUCAAUGACUGCGCAAAGCCCGUGAUCGAAUGCCUCGGGUUCGUGCUGCAAGUUCUGGAUUGGCUCCGCGGACUCGUGCUGCAAGGCAUCGGUUGGUUCCUCGUCACUUUCAUCAUCAAUCCCUUCAUCGGAGCCUUCUUUUUCGGGCUGAACAUCGUGGGUACCGUGAUGGUCGCCGUGACCACCUUGGUGAAUGUGAUCGUCCUGCUCGGCUGGAUCUUCUGCAUCGCGGCACUAUUCAUCGCCUACCUGAUAGUGGGCUGUUGUGUAAGAGUCGCCUUCCGCAAUUGCGUGCAAGACACCUUCACGGCGGCGGAGGUCAUCUUGUUGCACUUCGCCGCCUUGACGGACCCCGUCCCUCUGCCGCCGCUGGGCUGGGUGGACCGCGUGCGACAUCUCUUGGUGGGAGUCAGGAAUGCAGUGUCAGACGGCGGCGGCAUAGACAGCUUGCUCGCGAUGGCCCUGCAGCUGCUCAAGGACUAUCCUCGGCAUUGUAUCGUGUGCGCAUGGGAGGCCUUGUUGCCUGGCUUGCCGUUUCGCCCGUUUCGAUGGAUGCCACGUUGCCUCACGUGGUUGGCCUUCCGCGACAGUAGCUCACCAAACCCCCUCGACGGCGCGCCAGGGUACAAACACGCACACAGGCAGGUUGGUUUCACGCGUGCAUGUUUGUGUAUGCAGCUUUGAGAAAGAAACGUGGAUCUAUGUGAACGGCAUAUGCUCGAACGGAUGGAUCGCUGAGCUCAACGGGAAGCGGCUGCAGGAGCUCUUCUGUAAACGUCCUAUCACCGUCAUCCACAACCCUACUGACAGUGUUUGGGUCGAUGUGCUGGAGACCUUUGUGGGCAAGCUGAAGCUGUUUUCGUGGUGGCAGGUGGAGCCGGAAAAGACGCUUAGGAAAGCGGUGGAGGAGGCGCUGCUCAAAUCGGGGGAUGCGCUGCUCAAAUCGGGGGAUGCGCUGCUCGAUACGGGGAAGAUCAGGGUGGUGCUGAUAGCGCAUUCGCAAGGGACCAUCAUUGCCAACAAUGUGGUACAUCAGAUCGCUGACAGUGUGGCCAACGCCAAGGCCAACGACGAGAAAAUGAAGAAAAUGAAGAAGGGCCUGAGCAAGUUGGAGGUGAGCAGUUAGAAGCAGCCGUACAUGACCGUCCAGAGCGUUAUGUUGAGCCGGCCGGUGUCGUGUGCAGGUGUAUCUGUUUGCGGAUUGCGCUCAUCACGUAGAUGUGGAUCUUUUGAAAAGCCUGAACGUCCACAUGGAGAGCAUCUGCAACGAGCGCGAUCCAGGUCAGCCUGCCUUGUGUAUGCACACACACAACCUUGACAUGUCACUUGUGUUUGAAUGCAUGCUUACAGUACCGUAUCUUGGGAGCACUGUACCCAGUGAAGGGACAAUGGAGCGACGUAAAUGGAAAAGUGGUCAAUGACCGCCCGAAACACCCGAUUGUCCAACCUGACAAGCGAGGCCAUUUCCUCAACACGCACUACCUCGACAACUUCCGUCGCGAGUACCGGGACUCACGGCUGCACAAUUAUGAGACACUACCCACUCGUAAUUGGGACUAACUAGUCUCUCUUUUUCACGUUUAUUUGGUGAUUUAGUAAGGUGGUUGAGCCUGGCGCUCUCUUUUUCUACGUCUGUUCAGUGGGGUACAUAUCGCAUGCAUGACAUGUAUUGCCUCUCGAUCCUCGUGUUCCUGCGCUGAUUGAGCCGUCGCCAACCGAUGUGGUAGGCUCCUAUCUGCGCCAAGGCGUGCUGUCUUGUGCCGUUGUGAUGGGCUGUGUAUGUAUGUUUCUGACUGCUGACUGAUUAGUGCUUUAUCAAGCCUGCAGGGGCUUUUGCGUGUUCACGACUGAGGGUAGUCUUCUGUGUGCGUGUGAGCUAUGCAUGAUUGUAUGGUAGUGGGGUGACGUCAGAAAGAAAAAGAGAGAGAGAUCGACAGAGAGACUGGCGCCGCAAACAAAAGACGGUCAUGCGAGACGAGCAGAGACACAUGCAGAGAUAGGCGACUGACGCGACACCCAUCAAGGAAGACAUCCAUCGGACAAAUGUACGUGUGUUUUGAUCACAUCGAGUGUACGUGUGUCAGUUGAGGUUCCCCCUCGCCGGUUUGAUGAGUGUUUUCAAAUUCAC